UCUGAAGAACGUGACGGAAUUUGAUCUAUUUCCUCUCCAAUCUAAAAAAGAUAUGGGAAUGAGCAAAACGGAGAUCAAUUUGCGGAGAUUGCUUUCCGUUGCACCUAAUCAGCAAAAUCAGUCAAAGCUUAUUCAUUAUGUUGCUACUUUGAGGGAACUAUUAGAACAACUCUCCCAAGAGAAGACGACACCUCCAUGCCUUCCCAGAAAGCUUCAAGAGGAUCUAGCCGAUGAAAUGGUGGGACUUGCAAGACAACUCAAGGAGACAAAUCAAGCGAUAAGCCAAUCUGUGCAAAAUACAGAAAAGAUACUUGACUCUACCGAGGAGGCCAUUGAGCAAAGCUUAGCGAGCACAGGACACGCGACAACAAGAGCGACGAAGAUAUAUUCACAAAGCUCAAAGACAAGUUGCUUCCAGUGGCUCUUGAUCUUCGCCAUGACAUGUUAG